AUGAAGGGGAAUCAGAAAAAUAAUCAAAACAAGCAAGUAACAGGAUAACAACAACAAUAAGAUUAAUUACAGAAAGUAGAUUAAAUCCAAAGAGAGAUCCAAUACUAUAUAUAUAAAGAUUUGGAAAAUACAUUGUUAAUGCUAGGUGAACUUGAACAAACCAUAGAAACCUUCAAAUACGUAGAUGAUAAGCGUUAAUCUUACCUACCUAUAGCUUUCAAUAAAGCGAUUUUAUAAGCGAAUUUAUCUUAUGGGAUUAAUUUUGAUUAAUAUAAUACAAAUAAAAAUACUCAUGAAAAAGUAUUUAAGGAUUGUAGCGAAGAAGCAAUUAAAAUUUUUAAAGAGGUUUUUGAAACAAAUGAAGAUGGAUAAAAAAAAAACCACACACAUCCAAUUAUUUCUCAAAUCUGUGAAUUUUAUAAGAAUAAAGAUUUUAAAAAUAACAAAGAGUUUAAAUAGCUACCUCUGUAACAAGUAGAUAGGGAGGCAUAAUUCAAUGAAAAAUCUUUGGAUAAAGUGAUUUGGGGAAUUCAAGCGGUGGACAAAGAAUUCAAUGACAUUCGUGAAAAACCAUAUCCAAAACCUACUGCUGAAGAACUUAAGAAAAAAAUAUAGGAAAGGAAAAAAUUUUGUGAAGAAUAGUUAAUAACGAACUUCAAUCCGGAUUUCACGAAACAACUUAAAAAAAAUUAAGAUAUAGGACCAUCUAAAGAAAAUAAUGAUGAUAAAAUCUAAUAAGAGAAUGGAGAAAAGGAAGAAGAAUAAAAAACUGACAUUCUUACUUAAAAUACUAAAGAUAUUUUGGAAGAAAGUAAAGAAGACAAUAAAGAUAAGAUAGAAACUGAACCAGAAGCAAAUUAAUAGUAAGAUAAAAGUUCACCCAUACAGAACUCUCAGAAUGAGAAUACGGCCCCAGAAGAAUAAAACUUUGGAAAAUUGGGAACAUAGCCCAAAGGAGUUUCUGGAGAUAUGGAUGAGGAAUUACAACAAGAAAAUGAGAACGGAGGUUAGGAAGUGUAAGAAAUCUAGGAUAAACAAUAGAGCAAGUGA